GGGUGGUGUUCACACUUUAUUUCUAAACUGAGCAAAAACAUUGAAAGUAUUUUGCUAUUUUGUUAUCUAUAAGGCUAAAAUCGUCGGGAUACUUACAUAAAUACCUAACACAGUUAUGGCCAGUGAUAUAACGGCGGAGAACAAAGCCAAAAGCCUUCCUGAAGAGAAAUCUCCACUGCCUAGUUCAACGACUUUGCAGAAUGCAGUGCCAACUAAUUCGACCCCGAGUCAAAACAACCCAACGAAUAACAGUACAGCAACGAGCAAACCAAGCACCGAUUCGAAGAAACCAAACUAUGUGAUCAAGUACACUUUAGCUGGUCAUACAAAGGCUAUUUCCUCUGUGAAGUUCAGCCCAUGUGGAGAAUGGCUUGCUACCUCAUCUGCAGACAAAAUGAUCAAAAUAUGGGGAGCAUAUGAUGGCAAAUUUGAGAAAACUGUUUCUGGUCACAAAUUGGGUAUAUCUGAUGUGGCUUGGUCAUCGGAUUCAAAGCUAUUGGUUUCCGCAUCUGAUGAUAAGACAUUAAAAAUUUGGGAAUUCUCCACAGCACGAUGUUUAAAAACUCUCAAAGGACAUAGUAAUUACGUAUUUUGUUGUAAUUUCAACCCACAAUCAAAUCUCAUUGUCUCUGGAUCUUUUGAUGAAAGUGUUCGUAUCUGGGAUGUGAAAACUGGGAAAUGCUUGAAGACUUUGCCAGCUCAUUCAGAUCCUGUUACUGCUGUUCAUUUCAAUAGGGAUGGGGCACUAAUAGUAUCCAGUAGCUAUGAUGGCUUAUGCCGUAUUUGGGACACAGCAUCUGGACAAUGCCUUAAAACACUGAUAGAUGAUAAUAAUCCCCCAGUUUCAUUUGUAAAAUUUUCUCCAAAUGGAAAAUAUAUAUUGGCUGCAACACUAGACAAUACAUUAAAACUUUGGGACUACAGUAAGGGAAAGUGUUUAAAAACUUACACAGGACAUAAAAAUGAAAAAUAUUGUGUCUUUGCAAACUUUUCAGUGACUGGAGGAAAGUGGAUUGUGUCAGGGUCGGAGGACAACAUGGUCUAUAUAUGGAAUUUGCAAUCCAAAGAAGUAGUACAAACACUUGCUGGGCACACAGAUGUUGUACUAUGCUGUGCCUGUCAUCCCACAGAAAACAUCAUUGCUUCUGGAGCAUUAGAGAAUGACAAAACUAUUAAAAUUUGGAAGUCAGAUAUAUGACAGCUCUGUGAUCCAACUGAUUUUCGUACAUACACUGUGUAACAGUGGACACACAGGCUAACAAUUCCAGCUGCCUUAUUCAAAAGUAGAAGGAAAAUUGUAUAGUAAUAAUUCAAAACAACUCCUUUCUAAUAUAACAUAUGGCAUAAGGGUUUUAGAAAAGGAAUGAAAUGAUUAUGAGACUCAGCUUGUCAGCUUGAUGGAAUUGUAAAAUUCUGAAACAACAUGCUGCUUGCAAUAUGAAAGCUUGCAUCAAGCACUGGAAACAUUUGAUAUAAUUUUGUAUCAAGAGAGCAAACAUAUCAUGUAAAAAGUAAUAUUUUGUAAAAUAUUAAAGAACUU